AUGGGCGGCCCGCGGGAGACGCUCGGCGACCCGGGCCGCCACGAGCUGCUCCGGGGCCUGGAGCGGCUGGACGACCUGCAGAGCCUGGCGCGCUGCGGCCGCGCGAAGCGCGUGGACCACGCCGAGCGGCGCAAGGUCGAGGGCAACGCCGCCUUCAAAUCCAAAGACUUCGACGGCGCCAUCCUGGCCUACCUCGACGCCAUCUGGCUGCUCCGGCCGGCGCCCGAGCCCGACGACAUGCCGCUCGCGUCGGGCUGCGUGCCCCGCGGCGACCUCGCCGCCGGGCUCCUGGGCCCCAAGGGCGAGGCGGCGACCAUGGGCCUCGGCGACGGCGCGCUCGACGGCCGCGCGGCGGCCCUCGUGCGGUCGCUCCACGGCAACCUCGCCAACGCCGCGCUCCGGGUCGACGACUACGCCCUGGCCCGCGCCGCGUCGGAGAAGGUCUGGUUCGCCGAGGGCUGCCCGCCGCGGGACCGGCACAAGGCGCAGCUCCGCAACGCGCGCGCGCUCAUGGGCCUCGACGAGGACGCCAAGGCCUCGGGGUCCCUGGGCGUGCUCUGCACGAAGAGGGACCUCGACCCCGCCGUCCGCCGCGAGGCGAAGGCGCUGCUGCGGGAGCUGAAGCACCGCAAGGAGCUCGGCCGCGCGUCGACGUGGUCGUCGAUCAUGAACACGACCAAGUCCGUGCGGGAGAAGGAGAAGAUCGCCAACGAGGUGAAGAACGACCCGAAGAUGGCCGAGGCCCAGAAGAUGAUGAUGAAGAUGCCCGCGCCGAACAAGGUCGACAUCCAGAAGCCGCAGCGGCUCAACUUCGUGUCCAUGGCGAAGAAGGAGUGGACGAAGAAGACCUUCUACUACACGGCCGCGGAGGUCGCCGCGCGCAAGCAGGAGAAGUGGAUCCGGCGGCUCCACCCCGAGGACGGCGACCCCUACGUCUUCGACUACGACGGCACGAAGGAGACCAAAAAGAACGCGCGCGACUCCAUCCUGAAGCUCGAGCAGGACGAGAAGGAGGAGCAGGAGUACAGCUACCACGACCCCCUCUGGCACCUCGGCUACCACGCGCGGCUCCAGCUCAAGGAGAUGGACAGACGGUUCAAGGCCGACGGCGGCGACGCGCAGCGCAUCCAGGACGCGUACCACUACUUCAAGGCCGAGCAGAUCCGCAAGGAGAUGGCCCUGCUGACGCCCGAGGAGAAGGACCGCUGCGACGCCGUCGCCGCGCUCGAGGUCGAGCUCACGGACGCGGAGGUCGACGAGAUCUGGGUCGAGGUCCGCGGCGACGUCGUCGCGAGGGAGACCGCGCGGUCGUUCCCGCAGGAGCGGCAGGUCGCGCUGCUCAAGGCGCAGCGGGAGGCCUUCUGGGCCUGCGAGGCCGAGGGCGCCCUCGGCGAGCGGCGCAAGCUCAUCCGCUUCGAGCACAUGGCGCGCGCGUUGCACCCGAACGAGAACCAGCAGGAGCGGAUCAACUACAAGGCGUCGGUCAUGGCGACGACGGGCCGGAUCAAGGAGGAGGAGAUCCGCGCCUACAUCAACUCGGAGAUGCGCGUGCUCCUGGCGCCGGCCUUCGUCGGCACGGGCGGCCUGAGCCGCCGGCCGCCCGCGCCGCCGGACGACGGCGGCGACGACGCGCUCGCAAUCGAGGACGCGGCGCCGGCGACCGCGUCGCCCCUCGCGACGGGCUUCUUCAAGCCCGCGCCGCCCGCGGCGAUCAAGCCCAAGGCCAAGCCCCUCAAGCUCAAGGGCGGCUUCUUCGCCUCCGACAAGGCCCGGGCGUCGGGCGUGCUCGGCGCCGGCGAAAGGCCGCGCGACGCGGCGCCGGCCAUGCCCCGCGGCUUCGGCCAGCCCCGCGCAGAGGACAAGGACAACGAGUCCGCCGUGCGCUUCGCGUCCGAGAUCCAGACCAUGCGCGACGCCGGCGUCGACGAGAAGGCCAUCGAGGCCCGCCUCGCGACGAACUUCGAGGCCAACGCGAGCCCCCUGCAGAAGAAGGCCGCCGAGUACGGCAAGAAGCUCGCGGACCAGGGCCACACCGAGGACUACGUCCGCGAGAAGAUGUUCGCCUACAUCGCCAACGGCGGUUACAACCUCAAGACCGGUACGCGGCCUCGACCACCGUUCACGAUGGCCUGCCUCGUGGCGCCGUCCGUCGUCGACGAGGCCAAGGGCCUCGCGGCCCGGGGCUGCGUCGUCGAGGCCGCGGCGUCGCUGCUGGCGUCGUCGGGCUGCGACGGCGGCGCCACGGACGCGUCGGGCCUCCUGAGCACCCUGCUCGCGCGCUGCCGCGCCGAGCCCUACGCCUGCCUCGGGCUCGCCAAGCCCACGGACGACGCGUCCGUCAAGGCGGCCUACCGCGAGCGGGCGCUCGCCUACCACCCGGACAAGAACGACUACGACUCGACGGCCCUCUUCCAGUCCCUCGGCGAGGCGAACGAUAAACUCAAGACCGCGACGGCGCGCAAGGACUGGGAGGCGGAGCGCCGCGAGGCCCGCGAGGCGAAGCGCGGCGACGCCGCCGCGCCCGCGAAGGAGCCCUCGCCGCCGAAGCCAAACGACGAGAAGACGCAGUGGAAGGCCAUGGUCGCGUCGACGAUCGACGGCUUCGUCGCCGAGGACGCCGGGCGGCGGCGCGCCGUCGAGAACGCGGACCGCGCGGAGCGGCACCGGCGCGCGUCCAACGCCGCGGCGACGAAGCGCCGCGUCGACGCGGACCUCGCGGCGCAGAAGAAGAACCGGGACAGCCACCGCGCGUGGCUCCGGGGCCAGCGCGAGGCGCGCGAAAAGUCCUUCUCGUUGGCCGCGGACAAGUACCGCGCGCUCGGCGGCGGCCGGCCGCCGGCGAAGGCCUCGCCCCGCGACGACGCCAAGGCCUCGCCCCGCGACGGCGCGAAGGCCUCGCCCCGCGACGACGCCGCGGACCCGCGGCGGCCGCGGCCUCUCGUCGAGCUCGUCGUCGCGGCCUUUGCGCGCGCGCCGCUGGGCCUGACCCUCGAGCGCCAGGUCGCCCCCGACGGCGACGAGCAGACCGUCGUCCUCGCCUGCGUCGACGACGGCGGCGGGCCGGGCGCCGCGGAGCGACUCGGGGUGCGGCCCGGCGACGUCCUCGUCGCCGUCAACGACGCGGACGCGCGCGGCUACUCCUUCAAGAAGGCGACGGCCAUGAUCGGCGGCGCGCCCUGGCCCCGCGUGCUCAAAUUCCAGCGCCGGCGCAAGCGCGCGCCGACCGCGGCGCGCGCCGCCGACGACGUAAACUUGCGGCGCAUGACCCACCUGCUGCGGCGGCCCGUGGCGACCUACGCCUUCGACGACCUGCGGGUCCUCGCGGGGCCGUCGGCGGCGGACGACGUCGACAUGCUGCGCCGCGACGUGCACCUCCGGCGGACAGCGGCGGAGCUCUUCAAGCUGCUCGACGUGUCCGGCGACGCGCUGCGCCAGCGCGACGCGAAGAAGGGCGCGGCGAGCCCGACGUCGGUCCAGGACACGCCGUCGCCGAGCCCGUCGCCGGAGCUCGACGGCGCCUCGCCCGGGGGCCUCCCCGCGAGCUCGCCCGCGAGCCCGCGGUCGCCCGCGAAGAAGAAGAAGCGGCGGCCCGCGGCGGCGUCGCGCGCGGAGCGCGCGCUCGCGCUCCUGCCGACGGCGCGCUCCGAGUACGCCGCGUCGCUCUCCGACUUCGCCGAGAAGCGCGGCUUCGACUACCGCUACGUGCCCCUCCUGCGGCGCGUCGCCAUGUGCGCGGCGGCCAAGUGCGCGCGGUCGCCGGCCGCGCGCGACGCCCUCACGGAUUUGGUGCUCAAGGAGGCGCCCCUCGCCGUCGUCAAGGCGCUCUCCGUCGCCGCCGCGCACGGCCUGAGCCCGCGGUGCUGGGCGCCCGCGCCGCCGCGGGACCGCGUGCCCCGCCUCGACGCGGACAUGGACACGGACGGCCUCCGGCAGUGGUUCGUGGACCGCCACGAGCCCUGCGUGCUCGCGGGCUGGGCGCGCGGCGGCCGGCCCUUCGCGGCGGCGGCGCGGGCCUUUGGCGACGACGCCGUGCUCGCGUCGCUCGACGGCGACGCGCUCGUGCCCGCGCGGACGGCGUUCGUCGACCGGGCCGACGGGCGCCUCUUCGCGUCCGCGGCGACGUGCGCGCGGCCCCUGCGGCGCGCGCUCGAGCGGCGCGCGGCCGGCGACCUCUACGCGGCGCGGCUGCCGGUCCGGUCCGCGCUCCCCGCCGCGUCGGCGACGCUGCUGGACCCGUCGCGCGACGAGGCGCCGCCGGCCGUCUUCGGCGCCUGCUUCGGGCCGCCGCACCCCGAGGGCUGCUUCGCGUACGUCGCGCCCGCGCGCGCGGCGACGGCGCCGCACUACGACGCCAUGGAGCAGCUCCUGCUCGUCGCCCGGGGCACGAAGACGCUGCGCCUGGCGUGCCCGCGCGACGCGUCGAGGCUCGACCUCGGCAACGCGCCGCUCUUCAACAAGUGCCGCCUCGACGCCGCGGGCGGGUCCGUCUUCGCGGCGCUGGACGCCGCGGCGAACCCCGUCGACGUCACGCUAAACGCGGGCGACCUCCUCUACCUGCCGGCGUUCUGGUGGCACGCGGUCCGCUCCGACGACGCGUCCACGACGCUCAACUACUGGUUCGCGCUCCACCCGGACAAGGCCGCGGACGCGUAG